GUAGGUGAUAGGAAUAUUUGUGCCGACAAAUUUGUUUCAGUCCUUCACAGCUGUCUUAACUUAACAGAUUUGAAAGAAAAAGGUCUACUUCAAAGUAAAAAGUGACUUCUCAAAAUGCAUAGUAAAGCUCGUGUUUCUGCCUUAAUGAAAACUAUUGCCGGUGCUUCUUGUAGCUGCCCGGCCCAUUCGAGACCGGCAACAAGUGUCUUGGCUACCAAAACAGGCAAUGAAUAUGCUUUUGAAAUGUCCUCUUCUACUAUUCGCUAUGGGCCCGGUGUCAGUAAGGAGCUCGGUCAUGAUCUGAAGAAUUUAAACGCCAAGAAAGUUUGCAUUGUAACUGAUAAAAAUGUGAUUAAACUACCCUCGGUGAAGGUAGCCUUCGAUGCUUUGGCACAAUGUGGGGUGUCUUAUGAAGUGUACGACGACACUCGUGUGGAACCCACGGAUGAAAGUCUAAUUCACGCGGCAGCUUUUGCUCGGAAGCAUAACUUUGACGCCUUUGUCGCAAUCGGAGGAGGUUCCGUGAUUGAUACAUGCAAGGCAGCCAAUUUGUUUAGCGCCGAUCGGGAAGCUGAUUUCCUGGAUUAUGUGAAUGCCCCCAUUGGAAAAGCUAAAGAAGUUACCGUUGCUUUGAAGCCGUUAAUCGCUGUUCCAACAACUGCUGGGACCGGAUCGGAAACCACUGGGGUAGCCAUCUUCGAUUACAAAUCAUUGCACUCUAAAACCGGAAUAUCCAGUAAACUACUGCGGCCUCAGUUAGGUCUGGUUGAUCCACUGCAUACACUCACCCAACCGGAGAAAGUUGCUGCCUACUGUGGAUUCGAUGUGUUCUGCCACGCUUUAGAAAGCUUCACCGCUGUGCACUUCUCCGAACGAGGCCCAGCACCGACAAAUCCCAAGCUCCGACCACCCUAUCAGGGAAGCAAUCCGAUUUCCGAUGUUUGGGCUCGUUUUGCGCUGAAGGUGAUUCGAGAACAUUUCAAAUCUGCCGUAUUCAAUCAAGACGACCUUAAGGCUCGGUCCAACAUGCACUUGGCAUCCACGAUGGCGGGAUUAGGAUUCGGAAAUGCUGGAGUUCACCUGUGCCAUGGUUUGUCCUAUCCAAUUUCUGGAAACGUAAGAGAUUUUAUUCCUUCCGGGUACAACCGUGACCAUCCGAUUAUUCCACACGGAUUGUCGGUGGUUAUGACUGCACCUGCAGUUUUCAAAUUCACCGGACCUUCGUGUCCGGAGCGACAUCUAGAAGCUGCUGAGAUUCUCGGAACCGAUAUAUCUAGAGCUAAACGCGACGAGGCUGGGAUUAUUUUGGCAGACACAGUGCGAAAGUAUAUGCACGAUCUAAAGAUCGAGAAUGGCCUUUCAUCGCUUGGAUUCAAAAGCGACGAUAUCCCAUCCUUGGUCAAAGGAACACUGCCCCAAGAAAGAAUCACCAAAUUAGCGCCCCGAGCUCAAACGGAGGAAGAUUUAGCAGGAUUGUUCGAAGAUUCAAUGUUUGUUUACUAAAGGUUUCAUCAGAUGUUCAAAGAUGCAUGAAAAACUAUCAAUUUAUAAACAAAGAAAAUACAAAAUAAAAAUACCUCACAAAUAUUUUCAACAUUCUCAGUGUAGAUUUGCGAAAUAACGCUGCAUUCCAACGUUCAAAAGAGAAAAGGAUUACCCAACGUUUGUACCACAAGUUUAUGCUGCAACUAAAUAUAUAACACAUUCCGCUCGUUACUGUUAACUAAAUAAGAU